UCGAGCAGUGCACGUGUUUGAAUAUGUCAAUGUGUCUUUGACUUGUGUAUGUUUUGUUGAUGUGGUAACACACUUUACCAAAAAAAGUAGUUAGUUGCAAUGGGGAAGGCCAGAAAAAUGAGGAGAAGAGACUUAAAUUUUGCGGAAAAACGAAGAGCGCGUGAGAAUAAAUGGGAUGCAAAUGCACCACGAAGGGAGUACCAGGAUAUUGUUCGUGAAAAUGCAGAUUUUGAGAAAUAUUAUAAGAUGCAAAAAAUCUGUCCAGAGGAAGAAUGGGAUGCUUUUAUGGCUACAAUAAAACAAAAUCUGCCAACUGCUUUUCGAAUUACUGGCUCAAAAGUGGAAGCCAGAGCUCUACUAAGAUUUGUUCAAAGUAAUUUCUUUAACAACUUCCUGAAUCCUGGAAAGCUUGAAGGUGAUUCCGAAGAGAAGCAGGAUGCAGAAAAUGUUGAGCAGAGGAUAAAACCAAUAUGUCUACCAUGGUACCCCGAUGGCCUUGCAUGGCAACUGCAGUUAACUCGCAAGGAUAUAAGACGAUCUGAAAUAUAUUUUCGUUUACACAAUUUCCUAAUUGCAGAGACAGAAUGUGGAAACAUUAGCCGACAAGAAGUUGUCAGUAUGAUCCCUCCCUUGUUACUGGAUGUUCAGUCGCACCACAAGAUUCUUGAUAUGUGUGCUGCACCAGGAUCAAAAACAGCACAAUUAAUUGAGCUGUUACAUUCGGACAGUUCAGACCUGCCAGAUGGAUUUGUGAUUGCCAAUGAUGUUGAUAAUAACCGUUGCUAUAUGCUAGUCCACCAAGCAAAGCGAUUGAACUCACCAUGCAUAAUUGUAACAAACCAUGAUUCAGUAGUAAUGCCAAACCUUACAAUCACACAGAAGGACGGAAGCAAAGGGAUUUUGAAAUAUGACAGGAUACUGUGUGAUGUUCCAUGUUCUGGAGAUGGCACUAUGAGGAAGAAUCCUGACAUAUGGGUUAAGUGGAAUGCAGCUAAUGGGAACAAUCUGCAUGGCAUUCAGUUCAGAAUUCUGCGACGUGGUGUGGAAAUGUUGGCAGUAGGAGGUCGCAUAGUUUAUUCCACGUGUUCUCUCAACCCACUGGAAAAUGAAGCUGUACUUCACAGGCUGCUUUCUGAGACUGAUGGUGCUGUUGAGCUAGUUGAUGUCACAAACCUCUUACCUGGCUUGGUAUAUAGCAAAGGUGUAUCUCACUGGAUUCCUGCAUCGAGAGAUCUAGUGGGGUAUCAGAGCAUUGCUGAUGUCCCAGACAAAUGGCGUACAGUAAUCCAUCAGCAGAUGUUUCCUCCUGCACCAGAAAAUGCGGAGAAAUAUAAACUUGAUCGCUGCAUACGCAUACUUCCUCACAAACAAGAUACUGGAGGUUUCUUUGUGGCGGUUUUGGAGAAGAUGCGUCUUUUGCCUUGGGAAGCACCAUUGAAACCAAAUGAUGCAAGUAGUACUGAACCAUCUACAGAAAAGAAAGAUUCUGCACCAGAACCACAGAGGAAGAGGAGGAGAAUGCAUGGGUACAAAGAAGAUCCAUUCAUUUUCUUUGAUGAAAACGAACCUCUUUGGCCACAGAUAAGGGACUUUUAUGACAUUGACAAAAAUUUACAGCCAACUUGUUUGUUGACAAGAUGCAAAGAAGGAAAGAAAAAGAACAUAUACUUCACAUCGCCAGCAGUACGAGAUAUAGUUUUACAUAAUGAAAGUAACAUUAAGUUGAUCAACACUGGUGUUAAAACGUUUGUUCGGUGUGACAACAGAGUCCAGGAAUGUCCUUUUCGAUUGGCUCAGGAGGGUUUGCAUAGUAUCUAUCCUUAUAUGGGGCCAAAGAGGAAAAUUAAAGUUACAAAGUCUGAUCUGAUAGCCCUUCUGAUGAAUGACAACCCCAAAUUCCCUCCAGAAGCUACAUCGUUGGAUCAGAAGACACAACAGCAGCUUAAAGACAUUUCACAAGGCAGCUGUGUGUUGGUGUAUGAAGGUGAGCCCACCAAUGAUGGUGACAUGAACUGUACUACACCAUUGCACAUGGUGGGAUGGCGAGGUAUAAAAUCUGUACGAGCAUACGUACCAACAAAUGACUGUGUUCACUAUUUGCGGCUUUUAGGAGCAGAUGUCUCAAAGUAUGAGGUCAACAAGUUCAAAGACAAAAAUGUUCCUGACGAAAGCAGUGAAAAAUCUGAGAGUUGCCUAAACAUUUGUGAUAAAGAUUCAUCAGCAAGUAAUGAAUCUCUUUCUGUGGAUAAUGGAAACUCAUCACAGAGGGACACUGUUGAAACCAGCAAACUAGAAGCAGGUGAAGGAUAACAGAGGCUUUGAAUUGAAGUAUUCAUGUACCAAGAUGUCAUCUUAAAUAAAAAUGGUCUUCAGACAUAUUUGCCAACAUGUGGACUCAGAAUGUUACUUCGUGGCUAUGCAGGGUACUGAAUUCUUGCAGAAGCAUACACCACACAGUAAUUACCAUAACUUCUCAUAUUAUAUCAUAAUAGUAAUAAUUAUUAUUAUUAUGGGGUGUGCAAUACCCACAGCACAAUUCUUCCAAAGAUUGAAAGAAAUAAAUCUGGGUUUUCAAUGCAGGAAACUAUUUUUUAGAGUCAGAUUUACAUUUUGAUGUUAAUUGGUAUACAGUAUUGUGAACCAGUAGUUUGACAAAUGCUGUUGUCACUGUAAAAUGUGAUAUUUCAUUUGACCACUUCGUGCUUUUUGUGUAAGCAGAUAACAAACACUACUGUGAGGAAGCAAAAUACUGCAUUAUGUAUGUUUUUUAAAUUAUGAGUGUAAGAUUUAGUAUUUAUUAUGUGGCUGUCAGGGGUAUUGUUCUAAGUGCUACGUGAGUGACUGUGCCAGAAUUUUUUUUUAUCACUGUUCAUUUUGUCAUCUAAAGCUACACACAGAGCACGAAGAGUAAAGUUGUGAAUUUUUAAAUACGCUCUAUCUUUUUCUGUACAGGUUUUGUGUAUUAAUAAAUACAGUUCAUUAUUGGUA